AGUAUAUUAUAAUGGUAACAUAUCAUGCUUGUCUCUAUGGUAAUAUACAGUAUAUUAUAAUAUUAGUAACAUGCUUGUCUCUAUGGUAAUAUACAGUAUAUUAUAAUAUUAGUAACAUAUCAUGCUUGUCUCUGGUAAUAUACAGUAUAUUAUAAUAUUAGUAACAUGCUUGUCUCUAUGGUAAUAUACAGUAUAUUAUAGCAUUAUAGAGAUAUAUGGAGUGCAGGACUAGGACUAUAGACAGUAUAUUAUAGCGUUAUGGAGAUAUAUGGAGUGCAGGACUAGGACUAUAGACAGUAUAUUAUAGCGUUAUGGAGAUAUAUGGAGUGCAGGACUAGGACUAUAGACAGUAUAUUAUAGCGUUAUGGAGAUAUAUGGAGUGCAGGACUAGGAGUAUAUACAAGCCAGCGUCACUGUAUUACAAUUAAUAGCUAUUGAGUUAAUGAAUAUAUUUAUUCCAUAUCAUGAUUAUGUCUUUCACUACUGUAGAGAGAGAAUUCUCCCCUUUAAAAACUUCUAGUAUGUGCUUGGCCAUUCUGAGCCUUAUGAGUCGAUGGUCUACCAUUCUGAGCCUUAUGAAUGGAUGGUCUACCAUUCUGAGCCUUAUGAAUGGAUGGUCUACCAUUCUGAGCCUUGUGGAUGGAUGGUCUACCAUUCUGAGCCUUGUGGAUGGAUGGUCUACCAUUCUGAGCCUUGUGGAUGGAUGGUCUACCAUUCUGAGCCUUGUGGAUGGAUGGUCUACCAUUCUGAGCCUUGUGGAUGGAUGGUCUACCAUUCUGAGCCUUGUGGAUGGAUGGUCUACCAUUCUGAGCCUUGUGAAUGGAUGGUCUACCAUUCUGAGCCUUAUGAAUGGAUGGUCUACCAUUCUGAGCCUUGUGGAUGGAUGGUCUACCAUUCUGAGCCUUGUGGAUGGAUGGUCUACCAUUCUGAGCCUUAUGAAUGGAUGGUCUACCAUUCUGAGCCUUGUGGAUGGAUGGUCUACCAUUCUGAGCCUUGUGGAUGGAUGGUCUACCAUUCUGAGCCUUGUGGAUGGAUGGUCUACCAUUCUGAGCCUUGUGGAUGGAUGGUCUACCAUUCUGAGCCUUGUGGAUGGAUGGUCUACCAUUCUGAGCCUUGUGGAUGGAUGGUCUACCAUUCUGAGCCUUGUGGAUGGAUGGUCUACCAUUCUGAGCCUUAUGAAUGGAUGGUCUACCAUUCUGAGCCUUAUGAAUGGAUGGUCUACCAUUCUGAGCCUUAUGAAUGGAUGGUCUACCAUUCUGAGCCUUAUGAAUGGAUGGUCUACCAUUCUGAGCCUUAUGAAUGGAUGGUCUACCAUUCUGAGCCUUGUGGAUGGAUGGUCUACCAUUCUGAGCCUUGUGGAUGGAUGGUCUACCAUUCUGAGCCUUAUGAAUGGAUGGUCUACCAUUCUGAGCCUUGUGGAUGGAUGGUCUACCAUUCUGAGCCUUGUGGAUGGAUGGUCUACCAUUCUGAGCCUUGUGGAUGGAUGGUCUACCAUUCUGAGCCUUGUGGAUGGAUGGUCUACCAUUCUGAGCCUUGUGGAUGGAUGGUCUACCAUUCUGAGCCUUGUGGAUGGAUGGUCUACCAUUCUGAGCCUUAUGAAUGGAUGGUCUACCAUUCUGAGCCUUAUGAAUGGAUGGUCUACCAUUCUGAGCCUUAUGAAUGGAUGGUCUACCAUUCUGAGCCUUAUGAAUGGAUGGUCUACCAUUCUGAGCCUUGUGGAUGGAUGGUCUACCAUUCUGAGCCUUGUGGAUGGAUGGUCUACCAUUCUGAGCCUUAUGAAUGGAUGGUCUACCAUUCUGAGCCUUGUAUCAUGUGACUGCGUUCCUUAUUACAGUACACGUUCCCUCUAUAGUCAUGUACCCCGUCCAAUAUAUUUACCAAAAACAUUAAACAUUUUAAACAUU